AUGGCGAGCGCUACCUCCUUCUACGAGUUCAAGACAAAGGACAAGAAAGGGCAAGAAUACCCUCUGUCCCAGCAUCAAGGCAAAGUCAUCCUAGCCGUGAAUACUGCCUCGAAAUGUGGUUUCACACCUCAAUUCGGUGGCUUAGAGUCGCUUUGGAAGAAGAUACAAGCAAAUGAGCAAUACAAGAAUGAUUUUGUCAUCCUCGGCUUUCCUUGCAACCAGUUCAACAACCAGGAUCCUGGCUCCAACGAGCAGAUCCAAGAGUUCUGUCAGCUCAACUAUGGCGUGACUUUUCCUGUGUUGGGAAAGACAGACGUGAAUGGUUCAAAUGCAGAACCUGUGUGGGAGUGGAUGAAAGCCGAGAAACCUGGAAUGAUGGGUCUCAAGAGAAUCAAGUGGAACUUUGAGAAGUUCUUGAUCGGUAGAGACGGGAAGGUCGUGAACAGAUGGGCGAGCUUGACGAGCCCGGAGAAGCUGGAGGCGGAUAUCUUGAGGGAGCUGGAGAAGCCUAAGCCUACGAAGGCUGGAUUGUAG